GUCAUGCACGGGAGAUGCUAGGUUUGAUAAACUGAAGGGACGAACUCUCGCGAGGUUAUGGUAAAGUGCUAUGGUUAAUAAUCUCGCGAUAAUUUCUUUCCGGCUGCUCCGAUCUAGCACCAACCAUCGACAUGGAUAGCUGUUGUUUAACAUGCACGCUACAAGGACAACCACCUUAGCAGCAUGAGUACACACAGUAGACGGCAGGUAUGAGAGACACACAGCUAUAUACCACUUGUACUCUCACUUCUCAGUCACAGUGUAAGUUUUUGUUCGUGUUAAAGCUGUGUAUAGCUGAUUAAGAUAGCCGACAGCUAAUAGUUAGUUUUAUAGCUAGCUCCCCUGAAGUAACCUCUGUUAUUGACAAGCGGCGUUCAAGUACCUGUGAAGUUGACAGCAACCGCCUGGCAAAUAAGCUGCAGCCAUGCUGGUACAGAGCUACUGUGAAGCCAAUUCCUCCAUCUCCCACACGUGGGUGGAUGAAGGCAUCUCCCCCUGCUUCUACUUCACACUGGUCCCCUCGGUUCUUCUCACCAUCGCUUUCUUCCUCGGCACCAUCCACUGCAUAUGCUUUCAGAAGUAUGGCACCGCAAUGGAACCCAAGUUCAUACCGCGCUCUCGCCUCUAUGGCCUCCAGCUGGCCAUCUCCGUCCUUCUCCUUGUCCAGUUUUUGAGCGGGAUGGUGUGGCGAGUUGCCAGCGGAGGGGAGCUCCCAGGCUAUGUGGUGCUUUAUGGCUGCUUUUCUACACUGGGCUGGGUAUGGGCUACUGCCUUGCUUCGGGUGGAGAGACGCAGGGUCCUAGUGAUGGAUCGGACCAGGGGCCACAGUGCAGCUCUGCUGCUGUUCUGGGCUGUGGCGUUCUCAGCUGAGAACCUGGCUUUCGUCUCAUGGUACAGUCCUCACUGGUGGUGGGGCCUUGAUAACAACGAACAACAGGUGCAAUUUGCUCUGUGGCUGAUGCGCUACAUUGGCACGGGGCUACUCUUCUUCAUUGGUCUCAAAGCUCCUGGGUUGCCACGGAGACCCUACAUGCUACUGAUAAACGAAGAUGAGCGGGACGUAGAACACAGCGGACAGAGCCUGCUGGGCAGAACAGAAGAGAACGAGUCUACUUGGAGGGAUUUCUGGAAGAAGAUCCGCCUGCUCAUACCGUACAUGUGGCCCCGGGGCAGCGUCUUCCUCCAGCUACUGGUCCUCUUCUGUUUGGGGCUGCUGGGAAUCGAGAGGGCUAUCAAUGUCUUUGUUCCCAUUUACUACAAAAAUAUUGUGAAUGAACUGACUGAUGGCAGCAGCUGGCAUACUGUGGCCACUACAGUGUGUAUUUAUGUCUUUCUCAAGCUCAUGCAGGGCGGAGGAGCAGGUGCCUCAGGGUUUGUCAGUAACCUGCGCUCCUUCCUGUGGAUUCGGGUGCAGCAGUUCACCAACCGUGUGGUUCAGGUGCGUCUGUUUGCCCACCUGCACUCCCUCUCCCUGCGCUGGCAUCUGGGCCGCAAAACCGGUGAUGUGCUGAGAAGCAUCGACCGUGGUACCUCCUCCAUCAACAGCCUGCUCAGCUACAUAGUGUUCAGCAUCUUCCCAACCAUCGCUGACAUUGUCAUUUCCAUCAUUUACUUCAUCACCUAUUUCAAUGCGUGGUUUGGUCUUAUUGUCUUCGUCUGCAUGGCCCUGUACCUCACUCUGACCAUCAUCAUCACUGAAUGGAGAACCAAGUACAGACGAGACAUGAAUCAGCAGGACAACAAUGCCAAGUCCAAGGCUGUGGACUCUUUGUUAAACUUUGAGACGGUAAAAUACUACAAUGCGGAGAACUAUGAGGUCGGCCGUUUUGAGGAUGCCAUCUUAAAAUAUCAGGUGUCAGAGUGGAAGACCCAGGCGUCCUUGGCCUUCCUCAACCAAACACAGAACCUCAUCAUCGGAUCAGGCCUGCUGGCCGGCUCCCUGCUCUGUGCCUACUUUGUGACUGAAGGAAAGUUUCAGGUUGGAGAUUUUGUUCUCUUUGGUACUUACAUCAUCCAGUUGUACACCCCUCUCAACUGGUUUGGUACCUACUACAGAAUGAUCCAGAAUUCCUUCAUUGACAUGGAAAGCAUGUUCAAACUUUUUGAAGAGGAGGAAGAGGUGAAAGAUGAAGUAAAUGCAGGGAAUCUUCUCUACAAACUAGGAAAAGUGGAGUUUGAGAAUGUUUACUUCAGCUACACUAAUGGCAAGGAGAUUCUUAAGGAUGUUUCCUUCACUGUACUGCCUGGACAGACAGUUGCCUUGGUGGGACCGUCAGGGUCUGGGAAGAGCACUAUUAUUAGACUUAUCUUCCGUUUCUAUGACGUUCAUGGAGGCUGCAUUCGCAUCGAUGGCCAGGAUAUAUCGAAAGUGAAGCAGACAUCUCUGCGAGCUCAUAUUGGCGUGGUCCCCCAGGAUACUGUGCUUUUCAACGACACCAUCCGGGACAACAUUCGUUACGGUCGCAUCUCUGCUAGCGACCAGGAGGUGGAGGAGGCUGCCAUCGCUGCUGAUAUCCACAGUAAAAUCAUGACAUUCCCUGAAGGUUAUGAUACGCAGGUGGGUGAAAGAGGUCUGAAGCUGAGUGGAGGAGAGAAGCAAAGGGUGGCUAUAGCCAGAACUAUCCUCAAAGCACCACAGAUUAUCCUGCUGGAUGAGGCCACAUCUGCAUUAGAUACACAGACAGAACGCAACAUCCAGGCCUCACUGGCUAAAGUCUGUGCUAACCGUACAACAGUUGUUGUAGCUCACAGGUUGUCUACCAUCAUCGGAGCAGACCAGAUUCUGCUUAUCAAUGAGGGUCGGAUUGCUGAGCGAGGACGACAUGACGAAUUGCUGCUCAAGGGAGGCAUGUAUGCAGACAUGUGGAUGAAGCAACAGCAGGCCCAGGAUGUGGAUUCCUCAUCAGACACAGAAGCCAAAGACCGCAAGUCUGAGAAGCUGCAGCCACCAUCAUCCUCUUCAGGCCACCACGGCCACUGAAUGUUUAUUUUUGUUUUGUUUUGUAAGAGAACUCUACAUUUUUAAUUCCCCUACCCUUUUUAAAGUUGAUAGAUAAUUUCAACAUCAUGGAACACUCAGCUAGGUGAAAGUGUUACAUAUUUUUAGUUUUGCAACUGAAUGUGCAAUGAGAGGUCAUGGAGACAAGAGACACUGCCUUAAAACAAGGAAGAACAAACACUCCUGAAGUGUUUAAAUGUAGACACACAGAUAAAGACAGUCUUUUUCCACUAAGUUAUACCCAAGGUUUUUAUGUAGGAACAGGAGCAAAAAUGUCAAACUAUUGCAAAGCAUGUAAUAGUGUAAAAAGCAGAUGCAGAUACUUGUGGUGGUUUUUUUUUUUUUAAUAACUUCAUUAUAAGACUGAAGACUGAAAACAUGCUGAGUCAUGGCUUCACAGGGCGACACCCUGAGUGCUUAAAUUUGUAGAACCUGAACUUGUUGGAAUAUUAUUAUUAUUAUUAUUAGAAUGACCUCUGCCACGUUUUUAAUGUUGUUUGUCUUUAUAUUUUUUUAAUUAAACUUUUGUUAGUUUAAGCUGUCUGAUUGUCUGUGAACUGGCAUUUUCUUUUCCCGUUGUAGCUUAAAAUAAUGUAUGACCUGAGUCUUACAUUAUUGUAACGAUAUGAAAGGGAGCACUGCGAGAAGUGAGGGAAUAAAACACUCUAAUUAGAGCCUCAAUACUGAAUCUUGUUUAAUUGAGAGGCUAAAGAUUGAAAACUGAAUAAUAUCAUGUGAAUGACAUUGGGUCUGUAUACAAGCUGUCAGGGACUGUUUUAAUUUUCUACGUUUUUAGUAGUUGGUUUCUAAGCUCUGCUGUUAUUUAAAGUGAUAUUAUUUAAAGUAAAUGUGUAAGCAUCUGUAUACAUUUGAUUAUCAAGGUAAUGUGGGGUGUGAUUAUCUGAUUGUCGUGUGUUCUAAAUUGUUGUCAAGAAUUAAUGAAUACACAAGUUAAGGGAAAAUGUGACAAUUGUGUGUGAAUUUUUUUAAAGACUUUUUAGGUACACUGUUUCACACAAAUGGCCUAAAUCCAUCUCUGCCUGUCCUUGGCAGUUAUAGACAAUAGACCUUUCUCAUAUGAGACAUUUUAAAUUGUUACAUGGAUAUAAAGGAGCCGUCAUUAAAGUCAUAGAUCUGUGGUUUUGCUGCUAUAACAUGUUAAAUGUCUGGCAUGAACAAAAGUAUACCAUCAAACUAAAUAGCCCAUGCAAUAAUACUGACCAGUAUUCUCACCAAAUGUAUUCAUAAGUAUAUAUACAAAAUUUCUAAAUUUGCCUGUAAUUUUAUUUCUUAAAUCUACCUCACAAAUGGUAUUGUUCAUUAUUAUUACAUUUUGUAAAUAUUCUGUUUUGUCUUGACUUAUAAACAAUAAAGGUGUUUCCAGAUGUUCCAGUCUGUAAAAUAAAAAUACCAAUCCAGUUUAUAUAAAAUCAUGUUAUUAUUAUUCUAUCACAUUAGUUUUGUACUUUGUAGUAUCCCAAUGAUUGAACAAAAACAUUGCACCGCAUCUUUCUGUCAAAGCAGCAGUCUGACAUGAUAAGUGAUGGUUGUUCAUGCCAACAGCAACAUGUGUGUGUGCUGUAAUGGCUUGAUGUAAAUGGCAGUAAGGAGUGUGUGGCUACCUAGUGAUUAACUUUGAUUCACAUAAAGAUUUUUUGACAGUUUGUGUCUUUGAAUGUUCUUGCAUGAGGCCCAUAUCAAAUAUUUUGUUUUAAAUAAUGUGUUAAUU